ACCAGUCUGCUCUUUCUCUCAACAGGCAAUUCUACAGAACAUAUAGUCCCUGGAUUUGCUGUAGAGCUGGAGAUUAAUAAGAGUGUGCAUGUUUUCAACAAAUCCUCGAGUGUUCUAAAGAGCAGUGUCACCACAGCCUUUCUCCCUGUGAUCUACAUCAUCAUCUUCAUUGUGGGGUUACCCACCAACGCCAUGGCCAUCUGGGUGUUCCUUAUUAGAAUAAAGAAGAAACAUCCAGCGUCCAUCUUACUGGCCAACCUCGCACUGGCUGACCUGCUCUUCAUCAUCUGGCUCCCGAUGAAGAUCCACUACCACUUCAACAACAACAACUGGACCUUUGGGGAACCACUGUGUAAAGUUCUAGUGGGCUUUUUCUAUGGGAACAUGUACUGCUCCACUAUCUUCAUAGCGUGCAUCAGCGUUCAGCGCUACUGGGCAUUUGUACACCCACUCUCUCACAAACUGACCAAUCGUGUAACAGUGUGUGUAUCUGUGUGUGUGUGGAUUGUCGUCUGGAUCAUGACCACCCCGCUCUACCUGUAUGACCAGACUGUUAAAGUCACCAACCUCAACAUCAUCACCUGCCAUGACAUCAUACGGCCCAGCCAAUUACGCUUUCCUGUUGGAUAUUUCUUGAGCGUGGGCAUUGUGGGAUAUGUAGUUCCCUGUUUGGUGUGUGUAGUAGCUUAUCUGCUGACGUUUCGCUCUCUCAGGGAGUCCGUUACAGAUUCAGGCAGCAGCAAGAAGAAAAAGAAGGCUAUUAUCUUCAUGGUCAUUGUGCUGGUGAUGUUUCUAGUGUGUUUCACUCCCAGUAACAUCAUGCUGAUAGUUCACUACUCUCUCCUAAAUUUGAAGAUUCGGAACAAUGCCUACAGCUUCUACAUUGUUGCACUGUGUUUGGGCAGUUUGAACAGCUGUCUGGACCCGUUUGUGUAUUAUUUUAUCUCGGAUGAGUUCAGAGAGCAUGUGAAGAACACGCUGAAGUGUCGUAGCGAACGUUCUGCUGAGAGGAUGAAGGUUUCCUUCACUCCAGUAAAAAUCUCUUCAGAAUCCCAAUCUAUCUAUGAUUUAAUGGCUAAGAAUCGUCAUAAAGUUACUCUGUACUGAAUUAAAUUUCCCACAUAGUGGGAAGUGCAGGCUGUCAGAAGAGAAACAAGGUAAUUUUUUUUUUAAUUAAGAAAUUAAAUACUUGAAUAAGUCAUGGCUGUCAGGAAUACACACAAUCAUGUUGCAUUAGGCUUACUUAUGUAAAUUAAUGGUGCCAGAAGCCAAUAGGAAAGAUGUACUUCUUGUGUGAUAUAUUUGUUCAAUAAAGCAGCACCUUUAGGCUA